GUCAUAAAGCUGCGCCGCACUCCUGCAUCUGUUGUGAUUCGGCUGAAGAAAGGACAAACACACAGAAAAACUCCUGGUGAAGCGACUGAGAUUCACGUUACACUACUAUAAAGAUGGCGUUUAUUAAAGAGGAGAGUGAAGACGUGAAGAUUGAAGAAACAUUGAUAGUGAAACAUGAAGAAACUGAGGAACACACAGACCUGACGGCGUUGAAAGAGGAGAGUCAAGAACUCAAUGAAGUGGAAGAGAACAACCAGUUUGAGACUGAAAAGAUAACCUCACGGAAAACACGAGCCCUUAAGACCAAAAUUAACAAUUCUAAUCUAACACAAAAACAAAACCUCGAAAUCCACAGGAGAGUUCACACUGGAGAGGAGCCUUACACCUGCAAACUGCGUAUUAAGAGCUUCUCACAGAAAGAAAGUUUAAUGACUCUGUGGGAGAAGUUUCAAAUGUAA